GAGAGCUUGGGAACAGAACUCAAAGGAGUUUUGUGUGAAAUGGUGAAGGGGUUAAGGAUAUUUUUGUGGAUAUAACAAAAGCGUUUUUGUUUUAGUUUAAUAUGUACAUUCCGUUUAUUUAAAAAGCAUUCCGUAGGCGAAAAAUAGACGCUGUGACCACGAUGUUAUUUCCUGUCUACAUCUAUUUAUGAAUGAAGCGCGUUUUAUGUAAAAUUGAUCGCUGGAAGUGCAUUAAAUACUUACUUAAGUGGUCACUUUAAUACUUUCUUUAUUUUCUUAAUUUGAACGCCUGCAAGUUUUAUACUUUAUAACAUACGCCUUGAAGAACCAUUCCGGCAUUCUUUUGACUCCGCCUACCCUGAAACCUGAUACCGCUCAGUUCUCGCCAUUUCUUUGGAAGCUGGAAGCACUUUGGAACGGAGUAACAUCUUAGUUGAAAAUUAUUAAUGAAAGUGUGAAUAAAAUAACUUUUUUUGGAUAGGAGGGAAAGUGAGUGGACAGGGCUGAGUCCACUCGGCUUUGGGAAGUAGAAAUUCAGUUUUUAGAGCCGAGAAAGGGGCUAGGAACUCGAAGAAAAGUGCUUUCUUGAAAGCCGUCUCGCACGGCAAAGCUCCAAUUUGCGGAGCGCUCUUUGGUUUUAGCUUGAUGUUAAGAUAGAAUAACCAUGGAUUUAAGAUUGCUUGGCUUGUUGAUAUUCCUUUCUGUGAACAGUCUUUCAAGUUUAGUAGAUGGGCAGCGGAAUCGAUCAGAGCCAGAAUGUGGAGGCUGCACAACAAGUAAUGGAUGUAAAUGUGUUGGAGAAAAAGGAUCAAGAGGUUUUCCAGGACCCCCUGGCCCCCAGGGUCCACAGGGUAAUACAGGGUUUGAGGGACCAGAGGGCCUUAUUGGACCUAAAGGUGUAAAAGGAGAGCCAGGGUCUCCAGGAAUCCUGGGCCCUAAAGGGGAUCGGGGUAAAAUGGGUAUGCCCGGUUUUCCAGGUAUCAGCGGUAUUCCAGGCCUACAAGGUCCCCCUGGUCCUAGAGGUCCUGCUGGUUUAGAUGGAUGCAAUGGAACACAGGGAGAGCCAGGUGUACCUGGACGACCAGGAGAGCCUGGAUUGGAAGGCCCACCAGGUUUUGAUGGAUUGAAAGGAGUGAAGGGAGAGCCCGGUUCAGCAGUUGAAGGAUUCAAAGGACAGAAGGGAGAAUCAGGACCGUCUGGAAUUCCUGGUGCACCAGGUUUGAAUGGAAAUGAUGGCCAGCCAGGAUUGCCAGGAGACCUUGGACCAAGAGGAUACCCAGGUCCCCCAGGUAUUCCAGGAAAGCCAGGUCAGAAAGGAAACAUGGGUAUCAAUUACAAGCCUGAGAAGGGAGAAAAAGGAGCCCGAGGUCCUAAGGGUAUCCCUGGACCACCCGGAACUACUAAAUUACCGUUUACUGGAAAUAAUGAAACAUUGCAAGGUGCUCCGGGUGAACCUGGUAUGAAAGGUCAGAAAGGAGAAUCUGGACCGUCAGGACCACGUGGUUUCCCAGGAGCUGAUGGACUUCCUGGUCGAAUUGGAGAGCCAGGUAUGCAUGGAGAAAAGGGUGUUCCAGGAAUUGCUGGACCGAGGGGAAAACAAGGGUUGCCAGGUAUCCCAGGAUUCACAGGACCAAAGGGUGACCGUGGAAUGGACGGAUUACCAGGACUAUCAGGCCUGCCAGGAAUGAAGGGAGAAAGGGGCUACGAAGGAAUGAAGGGUAAUGUUGGACCCAGAGGACCACAGGGACCUCCAGGUGGUCCUGGUGGUGGUGACGGCCCAGUUGGAGACCCAGGUCCGAUUGGUCCUAGAGGUCCUAGUGGAGAAGAUGGACUUCCAGGACUGCCAGGUGCACGUGGUGAACCUGGAAUUCAGGGUCCCCGUGGAGGGCCAGGUAUUCCAGGCCCCCCUGGUCCUCAGGGAAAUGACGGCCCCCCGGGAGAGAAAGGAGACCAAGGGCUUCAAGGAUUCCCUGGACUUGAUGGUUUACCAGGACAGCCUGGUUACCCUGGUGCUAAAGGUGAACAAGGUAUUAAAGGAGAAGCUGGAAGGUCUAUUCUUGGUGAACCAGGUCGCCCAGGUGAGCCAGGACGUGAUGGAUUUCCAGGUGCGAAGGGAGAUAGUGGUCCCAGAGGUUUACCUGGAUUGCCUGGAAACUCUUCAGUUGGUCGACCAGGGUUGCCAGGUGCCAAGGGAGACAUUGGUCCAAGAGGUAACCCUGGACUGGAUGGUUUGCCUGGUUUACCUGGACGUGACGGUCCCAAGGGAGAUACUGGAGGGACCUGUAAUCUCUGUCAGAAUGGCUUCAAGGGAGAAAAGGGAGAGUCAGGAUUGCCUGGACGUCCUGGGUUGUCAGGUGAACGAGGACCAGAAGGACCCCCAGGUGAGAAGGGAGCACCUGGAUAUGAUGGAACUCCGGGACAGCAAGGACCCCAGGGACGGCCUGGAGAGAAAGGACUUCCAGGUUUAGCUGGAUUGAAAGGUGAACGGGGGAAGGAUGCUCAAAUGCCUAAUGAAUGGAUAAAACCACCUAAAGGAGAGCAGGGACCGCCAGGGCUCCCGGGUUUGAAUGGAGAACGUGGACCCUCAGGUCCUCCGGGACCACGAGGACCCCAAGGACUGGAUGGAAUACAGGGUGAAAAGGGAGCACCUGGAUUUGAUGGUAUACCUGGACGACCAGGUUUAAAGGGCGAAAGUGGCCAGCCUGGUAGAAAAGGAGAACCUGGGUUUGGAAUGCCCGGUGCACCAGGAGAGCGAGGGGAACCAGGACAGCCAGGUCUGCCAGGACUUCCAGGAAUGAAGGGAGAUAAGGGUAUUUCAGGUGAAACCAUCUUUAUUGGCAAUGAACUUAAGGGAACUAAAGGUGACCGUGGACCAGCUGGCCCCCCUGGAUUACCAGGGUUAGAUGGUAUUUCAGGAGUGAAGGGUCAGUCUGGGGAACCAGGCCUUCAAGGACUUGAUGGCUUGCCAGGAAGACCAGGGGAACCAGGCUUGGAUGGAAGACCUGGAGAGCCAGGACCAAGAGGUUUGACUGGUCCCCGAGGUGACAAAGGAGAACCAGGUGUUGCUGGACUACCAGGAUUUGAUGGACCUCAGGGUGAGCCAGGAAUUUCAGGACUGCCCGGACUGCAAGGUGAAAAGGGAGAUGCCGGUUUACCAGGAAAUGCUGUAGUUGGACCUAAAGGAGAGCCUGGAGUCUUCGGUGAACCUGGAGUGCCAGGAUUACCUGGACGCAAAGGAGAACGAGGUUUGCCUGGCCUGGAUGGCCUUCCUGGUAUGAAAGGAAACCCAGGUUUAAACGGUGGACCAGGACUUGAUGGACUCCCAGGCGCAAAGGGAGAGCCCGGACCAGUUGGACCUAGAGGAUUGUCUGGAGAGCCAGGAGAACCUGGUCUCCCUGGGCUACCAGGAUCUGUGGGAUUGAAGGGAGAGCCUGGGGUUCCAGGCGUACCUGGACUUCAGGGAGAGAAAGGAGUAAGAGGAAAUGAUGGUAUACCUGGUAGGGAUGGUCUGCCUGGUCUUGAUGGAGCCCCGGGCCCAAGAGGUCCAGAUGGAGAUGAUGGACUACCAGGAUUACCAGGAGCUAAGGGCGAUGUUGGCGUGGUAGGUUUCCCAGGAGAGCCCGGACGUGAUGGACUACCAGGUUUGCCAGGGGCCAGAGGUACAAAAGGUGAUCGUGGUUUCCCAGGACGUGAUGGAGAGCCUGGACUCUCUGGACGACCAGGAGAGAAGGGUGACUCUGGACUGCCUGGUUUGCCAGGUAUGGACGGGGAACCAGGUCAGCCAGGUCUUCCUGGUAUGAAGGGUGAGUCAGGACAGCCAGGUCUAGAUGGUCUUCCAGGUUCUAGAGGAUUUGAUGGAACCCCAGGGUUACCAGGUAUGAAAGGUGAGCAAGGACAGCCAGGUAUUGGCCUACCAGGAGACAGGGGUUACCCAGGAGAGCCUGGUCGUGAUGGACUGGAUGGACUCCCAGGACAAGCAGGACAGAAAGGAGAACCUGGAGUACCAGGGUUCAAUGGAAUGAAGGGAGAAAGGGGAAUUGAUGGGUUACCAGGAAAUUCAGGCUUACCUGGUCUUGAUGGAUUACCUGGAAUGAAAGGAAAUGCUGGUUUGCCAGGCCGACCUGGAGAGCCAGGUGCUCCAGGUGAUGAUGGACGUCCGGGUCUAGAUGGUGUGCCAGGUGCCAAGGGUGAAUCAGGUCUGCCAGGACGUUCAGGACUACCUGGGUUGGAUGGUAUGAAGGGAGAGAGAGGAUUCCCAGGACCAGAGGGACCUUCAGGUGAACCAGGUUUACCAGGAAUGAAGGGUGAUUCUGGACUACCAGGGUUGCCAGGACUACAGGGACGCAAGGGGGAUCCAGGCUUCCCAGGUGAACCAGGACGUGAUGGUUUCAAGGGUGAGCCAGGAUUCCCAGGUAGAGAUGGAGAGCCAGGAGUCCCAGGAGAGAAAGGAGACAGAGGUUUGAAUGGUAUACCCGGACGUAAGGGAGAACCCGGCCGGGACACAGUUGGUCUUAAGGGAGAGCCAGGUCCAAGAGGUCUACCAGGUUUAGAUGGACUAAGGGGCCAGAAGGGUGAAUCCGGUCCUAGUGGUAGAGAUGGAUUCCCAGGUGCUAAGGGAGAACCAGGUAUACCAGGCGAGGGUCUUCCAGGUAUGAAGGGAGAACCAGGAUUCCCAGGGAGAGAAGGUGAACCUGGCUUGAGAGGUGAACCUGGAGAAGAUGGAUUGCCAGGUGCUCCAGGACGUAAGGGUGAUCGAGGAGAUGCUGGUCUGCCUGGACCACCAGGAGAGGACGGACUUAGAGGCAUUUCUGGAGAAAAAGGAGAACCAGGAAUACCAGGUGUCCCUGGUUUAAUGGGUAUGAAGGGAGAGCCGGGAUUGAUUGGAAUUCCUGGACCAAUUGGACCUAAAGGAGAGCCUGGAUUCCCUGGACGUAAUGGUGAAAAAGGAGACAGAGGAUACGAUGGAGAAAAAGGAGCCCGAGGUGACCCAGCUCCUCAGAAUUAUCUCAAGGGAGAAAAGGGAGAUCGAGGACCUGAAGGUUUCCCAGGAGUUAGUGGGCUUCCAGGACCUCAGGGAGAGCCAGGAGAACCAGGACGGCCAGGACCACGUGGACCCCAAGGUGACAUAGGUGUCCCAGGAUACCCAGGAAGUAAGGGAGAUAUAGGUGAUAGAGGUUUCAAUGGACAACCUGGACAGGAUGGUCUUGAUGGUCCAAGAGGUCCACAGGGUCUGCAGGGUAUCCCCGGUAAUCCAGGCUAUGUACCACCAGUUGGCUUCCUCAUGACAAAGCACAGUCAGUCUAGAAAUGUUCCAAAUUGUCCUGAUGGUAUGGGCAAAAUGUGGGAAGGAUACAGUCUUUUGUAUGUUGAAGGAAAUGAAAGGUCACAUCACCAAGACUUAGGAUGGGCUGGUUCCUGUAUACGUAGAUUUAGUACAAUGCCAUUCUUAUUCUGUGGUACCGAUAAUGUGUGCAAUUACGCCAGCAGGAAUGACAAAUCAUACUGGUUGUCUACAAAUGCUCCAAUGCCAAUGAUGCCUGUAGGGGAGACUGAUAUCCAACCGUACAUCAGUAGAUGCGUGGUUUGUGAUGCCCCAUCUAAUGUAAUGGCAGUACACAGUCAGACACUGACUAUUCCAGAUUGUCCCGUUGGAUGGAAUGGCCUUUGGAUAGGAUACAGCUUUGUCAUGCAUACUGGUGCUGGUCCAAGCGGAGGUGGUCAAGCAUUAUCUAGUCCUGGCAGUUGUUUAGAAGAUUUCCGUGCUACUCCAUUUAUAGAAUGUAACGGAGCUAGGGGCACCUGUCAUUUCUUUGCCAACAAAUACAGCUUCUGGUUAACAACGAUAGGACAAAAUCAGCAAUUUAGAACACCCGUGUCGGAGACACUUAAAGCUGGUGAUCUUCGCUCACGAGUUAGUAGAUGUCAAGUUUGCGCAAAGGUUGUCAGAAGCUUUUAAAACUUUUAAUACAGCUUAGUGUACUUCUCAUGAGAUACUUACAUUUUUCAUCGUUUUAGGAGAGAAUUAAUUUUUUGUAUAGUCAUUUUAAGGGCUCAUGAUUUUUUCAUACAUGCGCCAGUUUAUAUCACUUUUUGUAUAUAUGUAUGUUUUCAUGAUAAAUGACCUUAGUCGAUGUUUUAGUCUAUUAAAUCAUGUGUAGAGGUUUGCUAUGUGAAUAUAAUGUGAGAUGUUCUGGCAUUAUGCCAAUAUGUGCCUUAUGAGAUUAUAUAAAUUUUGCAUAACUUUGUAGCUAUAUAUGAUAUUGCAUAAUAGGCGAGUUAGGAAUUUUUUGUGCUUUUUUUUGUGAAAUUUUAUUCAUUUGAUAGUGGGUAUUAGGUAAUAGAGGGUAAACUUUUUGUUUGUAUCCAUAAGAAAUAACCAAGGAUUUGCAAAGAAUAAUCUGUGCUGUAAAAAAUUGGGGAAAUAAAUUUGCCUGUCAGAUAUUGUCAGACAACAUUUGUAAAUCAGUGUGUGUUAGUCAUGGACAAGUUCAUACCUACUGCCAAAUGGUUGAAGUUUUACACAGUGUGAGUGAGGAUGAAUGUAAGUUGGCUAAUCUGUGAUCAGGUAUCCAAUUCACACUGCCAUUUGAUUGGCUGAGAAAACAAUGGGUAAUGGUAUGUCUCCUUUCAUUGGUGGGUGCAAAGAGGAAGCAGUCAUUUCAUUGGCUAGAUUUUGUAUUUAGAUUUGUUUCUGAGUAGCCAAACAGAAUGUUGCAAAAUGAAUUGGCAUGUUACCAGCCAUCAUCGAAAUCAGUUGAGACUGACUGUUUCUGUUUGACAGUAUUUAAUGCUUGAUUUCCAACUAUGAGAUCUUUACUGGCUGAAUGGUUAUCACUUUUAGUUGUUAGAAACUCAUUUCUUCCUCUGUGCCUUUUUAUGAAGGCUGUGCUCAAUAAAAUAUCACCAAAUAAUCACAAAACUAGCUGAUGUAUUCUAGCUUUUUAAAUGGAUAAAUCUUUCUGAUCACAAAGUUCUGAGAGUUCAACUCGGAAUAGACUAUAUAGACAGUUAUGACUUAACCAUUUAAUUGGCUGAGAAAACAGUGUCUCGUUAUUGGUAAAUGCAAGAAAGAAGUUGUUUCAUUUUCAAGAUUUUGUAUUCAGGUUUUCUUUCCUUUGACUUUAGACUAUACAACGAAUUAAGACUAUGCAACCAGUCUGGAACUCUCUGUAAUGUUUUUUUUAUCCUAAGUGGUAUGACUAUAUCUUUUAUAUACGUUUUUUGUAUAUAUAUCUUUUUUAGUGUUGUUAAAUGUGUAAUAUAAUUGAAAGAACAGGGAGAUGUGAUUUAAAACUAAACUUCUUUUACUCCUUUGUCUGUUUAUCUUUUUGGUUUAAAGUUGAAAUGGUAAAUCUUUUUUCCUGUGCAUAUAUUGUUUAUACAUACCUGUAUAAUUCCAUUAAAGAUCUAGUCACUAUCAGUGUUAUCCUAUUGAAAAAUGGGUUUCAAAUGUAAUAUUUAAUAUAUUGAUGUAAUUUUAUGGAGUUUUACAAAACUUUUGUAAAAAGGGUCAGUUUAAGGGUUUUAGCGGUAUGAAGUAACAUAGUUCUUUGUUUAAGCUGCUUUGUGGGUUUCAGUAUAAACUGAGGAAGUUUUAAUUGUUUCGGUAUAAAUAAUGAUACUUUUUGGGUUAUUGAUAUAAAAUGAUACAGUUUGUAGGUGUUUGGUAAAAUUCUAACAUUUAAGGGGUCUUUUAAUUGAAACAUACAAUUUUAUAGGAAUCAAUGAGCUGAUCACCAUGUGCUCCAGUUUUCAAAUUUAUUUCAGUGACAUACUUUUGAAUUGUUUAUGCUCUUUAUAUGCACAGUCAAACCAGUGAUAAAGAUCCCCUCUGAACAGAGGUCACCUGACUAGACAGACAGCUUGUUCUGUAUCAUAAUUCAAGAUUUACAGUGUAUAUAUAACCUGUGACUAAACAUGCCAAUACAGACCACGUUUUGUCUCUUUAGCAGAUGAUCUUUAUAGAUGGGGUUGACUGUAAUCAUAAACCAAAAAAAAAUACUGCACACCCAUAUUAAAAAUCUAAUUAAGAUGUCAAAUUUUAACAAAUAUUCAUAAACGUAACAUGUUUAUGUGUUUCGCUCAAUCUGUACAGCCUAACCUAAAUACUUAUGCUGAUAGUGGCAACCAUUCUUAAUUGGGUAUCAACUGAAAAUACUCUAACAAUGUUUUCAGAAUGAUAUGAAGUAAAUAUUUUUAAAGUAACAUUCUCCCGCAGUGAGUUCACCACAGGUGCCAAAAUGUGUACAGACAUGAGAUUCUCAUGCUAGUUAUCUCAACAUUGUAGCAUUUCUAGUGACUGUACAGCUUCAUUCUUUAUAAGUGCCAAACAUCUUGAUAUAUUGUGUCAUUCUUCAAAAUAAAGAUUUUGGUAUUA